CAAGCGGCACCCAUUCGACCACCACCUCUCUGUGUGGAAACCCCAAAACCUCAACCUCAACCUCAACCUAACCCUCUUCUUCCUCUUCCUCUCUCCGCAAUAUCUCACAUUGCUUUGUUCUCUCCGCCUACCACAAUGUCUUCAACCUUAGCCACUCUUUCUUCUACUUCCUCAUCCUCUCUCUUCUGUCGCAAUUUCAAUUCUUCGAAGCCUCCAUCUCCUCAAAGUAUUCGAUUCGCAUCGCCAAUUCUUCGAACUUCUCCCUCCGUUUCUCGAAUUACCGUUCGCGCUUGUUCUCCCAAUGGUCCUACUCGUGGAGGUGGCAGUUGCCUCAUUGCUCUCAAAAGUUUUGCUGGAGCUGCAGUUCUUUUUGCUGCUUCGGCGGCUAUGAUUGGGAAGUCCUUUCAGUUGCCUGCCAGGGCCGAGUCUCCGGUUUCUGUUACUGAACAAUCUCAGGUUCUCGAAGAAGAUAAGGGAAGUGAGGGAGGGAAGCAGGGAGAUGAAACGUCAUCGCCUUUGUCGGAGUUUCUUGAAACGAAUGCCGAAGCUGUUGAUGCUUUGAAAUCUCUUUUGCAGCAGAAGCUGGAGAAUGGUGAUGACGAGGAGGCUUUGAAGAUUUUGAAACGCUUGGUUUCUGCACAGCCGGAGGAAACGGAAUGGAAGUUCCUUAUGGCGAGAUUAUUGAGCGAGAUGGGGGACCAUGAGAAUGCCCGUGACCUUUAUGAACAACUUUUGACUGUGAAUCCCUUAUCUUUUGAAGCAUUGUUUGAAAAUGCUUUGUUGAUGGAUCGUUGUGGAGAAGGUGAAGCAGUGAUUCAGCGGUUGGAAGAAGCUUUGAGGAUUGCUGAGGAGAAAAACAAGGCGAAGGAAGCUCGGGAUGUCCGAUUGAUAAUGGCACAGAUACAAUUUUUGCAAAAGAAUGUGGAGGAAGCUAUGAACAUGUAUCAACAACUAACAAAGGAGGACCCCAACGAUUUUAGGCCGUACUUUUGUCGGGGUAUGAUUUAUAGUUUGCUUGAUAAGAAUGAGGAGGCAAGGGAACAGUUCGCCAAGUACAGGGAAUUAUCGCCAAAGAAAUUUGAGGUUGAGGGAUACUUGAGAUCACCUCUGUCAAGGCUUAAACUUUUUGGCACCGAUGAGAACUAAAUUAGAGAUGGUUUGGCAUUCAGACUAUAGAGGAAUAAUGAUAAGAAGACAGGUUUUGCUCCAAAGCUGUGUCUGAGUUUCAGGUGAAUCCACACCUCUGUUGAAUUCUUUAUGUAGUACACUAAAUGCUGGUUGGAUUAGAGCCAACUUAUGCAGUUUACUGAGUUAGAAAUAAGGAUAAGAUUUAUAGUUACGAUUGAUGAGAUCUUGUGCUGAGAUGAAUGAGCAACUUGCGGUAAUAGUGACAUUCUAUAUCAGAAGUUCUUAUAGCACCUUUUUACCAUUUUUUAGCCGCCUUAGUACUUUGCAAACAUCAAGAAAAGGUCAUUCUAAACUCGUUUAGAUCCAGAUCACUCUCUCAAGCCUUUAGCUUAAUGAUUGAUUGAAAAAGAGAAAACGAAAUGAAAGUAUAUUCCUGAAUGAAUUCAAUCUCUGGCUCCUUCAUUUCUUUUCUCACGGGAAAAUAUUCUUUAAACAAGUUGGUUUGUUUCCUUGGUAUGUUUUGACUGGUAUCAUGUUUAUCGUUAUUUCGAUAUUUUAGAGGGGCUGGUUCUUAAGAGUUAGAAACUUGAUUGGGAUUUGAGAUUACUCACUGAACAUGUACUGUGGAAGUUUCAGUUUUGCUUUAAUCAUCUCAGUGUUGUAUUUCUGUAUUUAGAAUCCAAUUUAUAGUUUCCUCCUGA